GCGGACACCGACUGUGGCAGUCGACAUGGCAAUGCGGCCACUGACUCGCAUGAUCGAGGGUAUGCCCUGGAGCCACUAUUUUCCUGAGCAAUGCGUGCGCUCGGCACUCGCCUACCAGCCACUCCCAGGCGACGUGUUCAUCGUCAGCUACCCCAAGUGCGGAACCACCUGGCUGCAGUACAUCGUCUACAACAUAUACAGCGGCGGAGAUCCUACUCAGAACAUGGAGCAGUUCAGGUGCAGCAUACCCUUCCUGGAGAGGGGAGGCGCCGAGCGCUCGGUUCUGAAGGGCAGGCCAGGCGCCAUCAGGACGCACCUGCCUUUUGACAAGCAGCUGUACUCGCCUCAGGCCAGGUACCUGUACAUCACCCGCAACCCGUUCGACUGCUGCGUGUCCUACUACUAUCACACCAAGCACUUUCCAGCCUAUUGUUUCGAACAAGGCACCUUCGACGACUUCUUCGAGCUGUUCCUCACGGGUGACGUCGAGUUUGGCGACUACUUCGAUCACCUGCUGCCUUGGUACGCACACCGGUCGGACCCCAACGUGUUGUUCCUGACCUACGAGGAGCUCAAGGGAGACACGGCGGCCGUGGUCGUUAAGAUCGCCGGAUUUCUCGGUGACGAGUACGCCGCGAGACUGCGCCGAGAACCGAUGCUGCUGGGUCGCAUCUUGGAGGUCGCGGCGCUGAAGAACAUGAAGAAGGCCUUCAACUGUCGCACGUUCCCCAUCACGAAGGAGACGGCGACACCGCCCACCACGAACCAUGGUAUCGGUGUGGAAGCGGAAACUUCGACGACCCAGUUCGUAGUGCUUACACACCUCGUUAAAUGUGAGGAGUGGGACCCGUUGCCACUGCCCUUCCUCGGCCUCCGAGUGCCCACUUCCGGCGCGGCGGAUCGUCGCAAGGACGCGCGAUCCAAGCCCACCUGCGUCUCGACGACAGAGGCCAAGCUUUGGCUGGCGAACGACCAAAAGGCGGAGUGCGCCAAAGCCCAAGAUUUCCCAGCGGGAACGAGCCUUGAAGAACUACUCCAAAGGCCCAUGACGGGCGAGUUUGUCCGCAAGGGCGCCGUGGGCGACUGGAAGGGACACUUCUCCCCGGUGCAGGUGCAGAGGAUGCUGGGACGCAUCAAAGUCAAGACGGCGGGGAGUGACGUCAUGGACCUGUGGAAGGAAUUCGAUAUUCCUCGAUGACAUACACAGUUAACAGGUCCCGAAAGUGUAAUAAACGUUGUUUCCUUUUC